UUUUCUUCUCUUCCUCCAAGGAAUUAUCAGUUUUUUUUUCCGGCGAGAAGAGAAUGUCAGAAACCAAAAGGCUCGUGAACGUUCACUCGGAACUGACGGUAGUGUCGGAUACACCAGUAGAGCGAGGGAAGAGAUACCCCUUGUCCAUAUUGGACCACGCCAUGGGUCUCCACACUCUCCACAUCGUCUUCUACUACAGGUACGAUCGCCCCGAAUCAGACGACCUAGGCCGCCUGAGGGAGUCUUUGUCGCAGCUCCUCACCUUAUACCCACCCGUUACCGGCCGGUUACGGCGGAGAUCGGAGGACGGCAACUGGGAGGUCAGUUGCAACGACGCCGGGGUGAGGGUUUUGGUGUCCAGGGUCCACUCCACCCUCGACGAAUGGCUGACCUCUGCCGAUGGGUCCCAGGAGAGAGAUCUGACGGCCUGGGAGGACUUCCCGGAGGAAGAUACCAGUACCUGGUCUCCUUUCCGCAUUCAGUUGAAUGAUUUCGAAGGUGAAGGUCUGGCCAUUGGGCUAAGUUUUACGCAUCUGUAUGCAGACCCCACCUUCUGCACUACUCUCUUCAAGUCAUGGACCGACGUACACCGGCAUCUCUCCAUUGCAUACCCACCAUUCUUCCAUCCUCCAGCCCUACGCGGCCGAGCUAGUCCCAACACAAACACUAAAUCUGCUGAAUACUAUGCAACCAAGUCGAAGGCUCAACACCCAUAUCCUGUUAAAAUGUCUACUGUGACCUUCCGUUUCUCAGAGACAAUUAUCAAACAGUGCCUCUCAGAGGUCCAAACUGACUGCCCAGAUGCCACCCCUUUCGAUAUUCUUGCCGCACUUUUCUGGUUAAGUGUCAUGCGUGCCAAGAACGAAAAUUGCAAGCUUUCUAUAUGUAUUGACUUCAGGAAACUAAUGCACGCACCACUCCCACAUGGUUAUUUUGGUAAUGCUCUGCAUUUUUCUAUGGUUUCUUCCGAGGAAAACAAGAUGGAUGAAGGUGGAUUAGCUUAUUUAACUGGGCUUGUGCAUCAACAUUUGUCAAGCCUUGAAGAAGAGGAGUUGUGGUCAGCUAUAGAUUGGCUUGAAUCAGAAAGGGAAGAAGGAGGGAAAUAUGCACAACCCUUCAGGAUGUAUGGGCCAGAGCUGACAUGCGCCAACAUGGAGCAUGUGUUUGCAUACGCAGCAAUUUUAGAGGGCAUGAAGCCAUUGCAUGUCUCAUAUCAUGUGGGGAAUGUAGAGGGUGAAGGGCUGAUUUUAGUUCUCCCAUCACCUGAAGAAGGACUAGGACGGACGGUGAUGGUGACCUUACCAGAGGACCAAACCAAUAAGCUAAGAAAGGAUCCAGCUAUCUUGUCCCUGGAGCCUACCAUGCUUGUUAGCGGGAGUUGAUAAUCUGGUUUUUCAAGCAUUCAAUAAGUUGGUGUUUGAUUGCAGCAAUAGUUCGCAGCUGGAAAACCCAUAUUCUCAAUGCUUAU